AUGGAUUCCAAUCCAUUUACGCAUACAGGAAACUUUGUUGAUCUACUUCAUAGUCAACAAAGUAUUUCUUUUGCUAACUAUGAAGAUAUCUCGACUCUCUCUUCAUCUCAACUUCCUUCUCUUGGCACGGAUGAUGUUGGUGAGCGUCGGGAACGAAGGACGUGGACUCCUACUGAUGAUAUUCUGCUGAUCAGCUCGUGGCUCAACACGAGCAAAGAUCCAGUUGUUUCCAACGAGCAAAAAUCAGGCACCUUCUGGAAGAGAGUUGCAGCCUAUUUUUCUGCAAGUUUGAAGGUAGCUGGCUGCGAGGAGAGAUCGGCUAAUAACUGUAAGCAGCGUUGGCACAAGAUCAACGACUUGGUCUGCAAAUUCUGUGACGCGUACGAAGCUGCAACUAGGAAGAAAAGUAGUGGUUGCAAUGAGAAUGAUGUCCUCAGAAGAGCUCAUGAGAUUUUCCACAACAACCAUAAAAAGAAAUUCACUUUGGAGCAUGCUUGGAAGGAAUUGCGAAAAGACCAGAAGUGGUAUGAAGUUUCAAGUGCUAAAAACGAUGGAAGCUCUAAGAAAAGGAAGUGUGAAGACGGUGCAGACUCAUCGGCCUGUCAACCAUCUGAAACCAAGCAUCCCGCGGGUGUUAAAGCAUCAAAGGCCCGUGGGAAGAAGACUAUGAGUGAGGAGAAUUCAGUGAAUGGGUUUCAAAGUAUGUGGGACAUUAAACAGAAGGAUUUGGAAGUGAAGGACAGGUUGUCGAAUAUGAGUAUACUUGAGUCUCUUAUUGCAAAGAAAGAACCUCUAUAG